UUUCGCGCUUUUUUCAGUGAAAUGUUACGUCUCAUACAAAAUAGUGGUCCUACCAUUCAUUGAGACUUUAUCAAUGAGGAAAUACCAGCAAAGUUAACGUUUAGUGGAAUACAAAUUAAUUGGCAACGAAUAAUUGAUAGUUUUCUGAUAAUGGAGGAGCUGGACAAGUCAAGCCAGUACCAAAAAUACAGAAAAUGUGUGAAACUGUGGGAAACGAAUUUUAAAACGAAACAUGGACGAAUUCCAUCAAAGCAUGACAUCCGAGAAGCAGACAUCUCCAUACGACAAGCAUACAAAAUGUACUAUCGCUACAAGUCAUCGGUUCUGGAUAACACGCUCAGUCAACUGAUUGACGAUGACGGAUUUGAUUUGCCAUUAGAAUCCGAUCAAUCGCUUACGCUUGACUCGACCUUUUCGCUGUCGUUCGUCGACACACCAGACGAUUCAUCAUCAUUUCUAUCGAAUUUUUCCAAUUUGGACGAAAUCCAGAGCAGUUCACUGGUCAAUAUACGGAACGUCGACGAGAAUCAUGUGAUCAAGGAGUUUCAGGCUGAAGAGGUCAGCUCUGUCAACGAAAAUUCCUGGGGAACGAACUUGAAUAAAAAACCCCCGACAGCAAAGACGAAUCAACUUCGGUCGAGUAAUUCGCAAAGCAUUCGGCAGAGUAUGACGGAAAAACUGUUCCCCAUGUCUAAUUUUACCAAACGAAAUCCGAGAAAGUCAAUCUCUCGCAAUAAUUUACAAUCGAGUAGCAGCCUGUCGUCAUCGUUUUCAACAUCCUUGGACACGACCAGGGAAACGUUGCCGGACUUGGAAACGAUAUUAGCACAAAAGGCGUUGCAGGAGAAAGCUAAGGAUGUGAAAAAAGUUCCAAAGCCGAGCAAUUUGACCAUAGAUAAGGGAUGGCUUAGCCGAUGCGACGAAAGUGGUGACACGAAAAUGGAUAUUUCAUCGGAGAGUCCUGCCGAACCGAAGCAGUAUGGAUUGUCAAACAUUACUCCCCGGAUCUAUGCAAAAUGUACGUACGAUAGGAACGAUCACUCAGACGAUGAUGUAAUUGAGAACAGUGAAGACGAAACAGACGUAAAACCGCGUAAUGUGCGGCAUGUCUUGAAGAAAAGGAAAGUUUUUGACGUGCAACGAACCGAUCUGACGAACCAUUUGAGUAAUCCUGUAAAUGAAACGUCUGUGGAAAGUGUGGAAAGUCGAACCAUUUCUAAGGAAAUUAAGGAGACGAAGACCGAACCAGUGAAACAGUCGAAAGCAAAGAAAAAUGUGAAAGCGAAGAAAACGGCACGGAAACCUAGUCAGACAUCAGCCGCACCAUUGCGUCGCAGUUCUAGAGUAACAGUUGGCAAUAACAAAGUUGUAAAUGAUGAACCGAUUUCCGAUGCCGAUCCAUUCGCUGACGAUUCUCAUAGCGAUCCGGAAUUUCAACCAAAUGAUCCGUACGAUUUGCCCGAGGAACCUGUAGCCUCAUCUCCAGUCGAAAAGAAAAAUUCGACCAAAAAAACGGUUAAAGCAACAGGAAAGACUGUGCAACGACGCGGUAAAAAUUCGAAUAAAAAUGAUGAUGACGAACAACCGGCCCUCGACAAUGGUGUUGACGACAUGCCUGAAGACUAUAUUUCCCAAAUUGAAAUCGAAAAUUUGCGAAAUAUUCCACGAAUUGCCAUCGACGAGUUGAAGGAAGACACGGUUCUGUUUCACGAGUACGUGAACAGCAAAGGCUCCAGCAAACCGUCUGCUAUCCGAUCGGUACCAUUAUCACCAACCAAACGUGAACUGGAACGAGAGAAAUUGGAAAAGAAAAUUGCGUCGGGUAAAUUGAAUGAAAAUUUCGUUCGGAUCGAUGUGCGGAAGAAGGUUUUCGUUCGCGGGAAGAAAACGAUCAACUUCAGCAAAUACAAAAAAUCCAAAUGGAAAAAGCAAAAGGCAGCCAAUGCACUAGCUGGACCGGAAAUGGAUAUGAGAGGUUGUGACGGUGGAUUUUUGGUUUGUUUCAAUUGCGGCCAACAGGGCCACUUUGCGCAAGACUGUAAAAUUCAAUCUGAUAAAUUGCUGCCCAUUGGCGUCGAGGUUGAAGAGGAAUCACCAUAUCAAACGUUAGAAGAAGCAGCAAAGUUGGCUGGGCCGUCUUCUGACUUUGAUAAUUCGGCUGCCGUAACCAGCAUGGAUUAUGAAAUGGACGAUGCGGUGCCAUCAACGUCCCAUUCAAAUCAUACCACUAUCACGCCAGCUGUUGAUCACAAAAAUGUGAAACAAUUUAUCGGUCACUCUAUCCCGAAAGAUUUCCUUGAGAAGUCCGGAUUACUCAAUUCGUCGAACGGUGAAAGUGACUCUUCUGAGCCUUUGUAUAAACUCAACCGUGAUGGUUCGGUUAAAGAUCCUCCGAAGGAGGUCUACGAUGCGUUGAGAUUGUUUGGACACACGAAUUUUCGAAUGGGUCAAGACAAAGCCGUGAUGCGAGUGUUGUCUGGACUAUCGACGCUCGUUACGUUGAGCACAGGCAGUGGAAAGUCAUUAUGUUAUCAAUUGCCCGCGUAUCUAAUGCGGAAACAGCGGAAGUGCAUUACUCUAGUCGUAUCGCCAUUGGUUUCACUUAUGGAAGAUCAAGUCCGUGAUGUGCCAAAUUUCCUGAGCGCUGAAUGUUUGCACUCCAAUCAACCGAAGGCGAAGCACGACAAAAUAAUGCAACGAAUUAAACAGGGUGAUGUGGAUGUGCUGCUCAUAUCUCCGGAGGCUAUAGUUGCUGGGGAAAAAUCAACAGGAUUCGGUUCGUUAUUGCGCGAUCUUCCGCCCAUCGCUUUCGUUUGCAUUGACGAGGCGCAUUGUAUGUCGCAAUGGAGCCAUAAUUUUCGUCCGAGCUAUUUGAUGAUUUGUCGGGUCAUUCGCGAAAAAUUCAAAGUGAAAACGGUGUUGGGAUUGACAGCAACGGCAACGAUAAAAAUAAGGGAGAGUAUCGUUCGUCAUUUGGGAAUACCAGACGGUUUGAGUGGGGUCAUCAGUGAUGUUCCGCUACCGGACAACUUAUUGCUAACAAUUUCCAAAGACGAAAACCGUGAUGCUGAACUGUUAGCUCUGCUGCGAAGCGAUGAAUUCAUCCACAAUCGAUCAAUUAUUGUUUACUGUGGCCGACGUGAUGAAUGCAACCGAGUUGCUGACUACAUUCGAACCUGCAUGCAGGACCUCCAAAGUAUGCUAACAGCGUCGGAUACAUCGUCUACGAGGAAACGUAAACGACCGAAACAAAUUGUCGAAUCUUAUCACGCAGGCUUGCCAGCGUCAAGACGACGAACCAUUCAGAAUCAAUUCAUGAGUGGAGCUCUACGAAUAGUUGUGGCUACUAUUGCUUUCGGAAUGGGUAUCAAUAAGGCAGACAUUCGGGCAGUCAUUCACUACAACAUGCCAAUGACUUUCGAAAGUUAUGUUCAAGAGGUGGGUCGAGCGGGACGUGAUGGUCUACCGGCGCAUUGUCAUCUAUUUUUGGAGCCGAGGGGCAAGGAUAAAGUGGAGCUUCGUCGACAUAUCUAUGGAAAUUCAGUCGAUCGUCACGUUAUACGAAAACUGUUACAAAAAGUGUUCGUACGAUGCGCUUGUGAACAGAACCUGAAUCGGCAUGAGUUUCAGGCUGAAAUCGAUGCUGCUAAAAGCAUUGUUUGGACAGACGAUUUCAACGCUGACUUGGUAGUCACAUCCGUGAAAGAGCCCAAAUGUAGCGGUCAUGAGAUAGGAAUACCAAUCGACGAAACGGUUCAAUUGCUCGAUAUCCCCGAAGAAAAUAUUGAAACUUUGCUUAACUACUUGGAACUGGACGAGCAUAACUACGUCAAGGUACUAAGCAAAGCAUACUGUACAUGCAAAGUGAUGUCCUACGAGGGUCAGAAGAGCUUAAAACAAGCAGCCCAAAACUGCGCCCCAUUGGCCAUGGCAAUUGCUUUGGAUUUGAAGAAGGGAAUUUCGCACGCUGAAUCAACGUCAAUCGAAUUUAAUGUAAUUGAAGUCGCGGCAGCUAUAGGUUGGGACAGUGGAGUGGUUAAAUAUCAAUUGAAAAAUCUUGAAUGGACGAAUGUGAACGGGAUGCCGAAACGGUCGGCCGUUUCUGUUCAAUUUAAGAAUUUGGGUUUUCGCAUUCGAAGUCGCGGUGACUUGACAGACGAUGAACUGGACGCUACGUUGAACGAUUUGUUUUCGCGAGUGGUUCUGCAAGAAAAAUCACAACUCGCCCAACUGAACAACGUUUUCCACGGGCUGUCGUCGGUGGCGUACCGAACAUUCGUCGAGGCACAGUCGGAUGAAUUUAGCAGCAAAAAGUCGGAUCAAUUGAAAAGUCUCAUUCGAACGUACUUUCAAUCCGCAGAGGACACAGAUCCGAAUCAAACGGAUGAAUUUAUUGACGAUGAUGCUCCUGUUGAUCAAAUUGUUAGGGAUGUUCGAACAUUGAUUGCUAUGUAUCCGGAAAAUAGUUUUACUGGCCGUAAUGUUGCGCGCAUUUUUCACGGCGUGGCGAGUCCAGUGUAUCCGGCGCAAAUAUGGAGUCGUUGUAAAUUUUGGCGGGUUCAUACUAAGACUGAUUUUAAUCUAAUCGUAAAAUUAGCCAAUUCUACAAUCGUUAAAAUGAGAACGUAGACAGCGGAUGAGAUGUCGUAAAUGUUUUGUGAUUUAAAUAAAAAUUUAAAAAAAU